GAUGGGCUUAUUUAAAUACGGCCCAUUACCUUCUCUACCACGAACAUUGUGCAUAAACCCUGAAACCCUAAUCUACAGCAUUCCCAUUUUGCAACAGCACAGGAAAAUCCUCUUCUCGUCGCUUUCGAUCUCAUUUCUUCAAGUGUGAAAAUGUCGCUCGGAGAGGUUGCUUGCAGCUACUCGCUUAUGAUCCUUCAUGAUGAUAACAUCGCAGUCACUGGUGACAAAAUCUCAACAUUGUUGAAAGCGGCAAAGGUUGAUGUUGAAGCUUAUUGGCCAAACUUGUUUGCCAAACUUGCCGAGAAGAAAAACCUUGAUGAUUUGAUUUUGAAUGCCGCCGGAGGUGGGGCUCCUGCUUCUGUUUCAGCCCCAGUUGCUGCUGCUUCUGCCACGGCAGUUGCUGCUCCAACCGAGGAGAAGAAGGAAGAACCAAAGGAAGAAAGUGAUGAUGACAUGGGAUUCAGCUUGUUUGAUUAGGAGCACUUGUAUGAUCUUGUCCAAUUUUUGUACUGGUCAUGGGUAGUAACUAAGUGGAUUUUCAUUUUUUGCAUCUUAUUUUUGUUUUGAUUGCAUUUUUAGGUCAUGGGUGUUUUUUUAACUAUAGAAUUUGAGAUUGUGUUAUUAACUUGAGAAUUUGAGUUAGCAUCAAUUUUUCCUGAGAAUUAAAGAAUGAUAAGUCAUCUCUUCUA